GUUUUCGAUUUUAGAAAAUGAUGACGUCACAUGACAACGAUCUAUAGAGUAUUUAGUUCUUUCGCAAUUGGCAUCUGAAACGAGCAAAAAAUUUCAAGUUGGUUUCAUUCGGGGCGAGUGCGCGUUUCCAUGUAACGGGGUCGAGUGUGUGUGGACGUUUCGUGAGAAAUUACAUCAAAAACUUAUCCUUCACAGCGUUUUCCUCUGGUCAGUUAGCCCGUCGCAAACGCGGUUGCAUUCUGCAGCGACGGAGGCAGCGAUAGUCUUCUGCAGCUGGACGAACAGGCUGGACUUGUCCUUCGCGGGAAGUGAACGAUUAUGGUGAACAGGAAAAGGAUUUAUGGCCGUGGAAUUCUGCGUUUCACUUCGCUGGAGCCCUGCAGGCUUCCAGGCCAGAUAGUUGCUUCAAGUGGUGUUAAUAAACGGGAGGAAGAAAGGGACAAUUCGCGUGUUCAAAAUGGCGUGCCAAAAACUCCAGAGAACGUACCUACCGUACCACCACACAAUGGUGAUAAACCAGUCAGAUUGCUGGCAAAGUACAGCUAUAAGGCCAAUCCAUCUAAGCCUGGUGGAUUUGAUGAGCUGACUGUAACACAAGGAGAGAAACUGGAGUUAUGCAGAGCACAUCCUUCAAAUCCUCACUGGUGGGAAGCAAGGAAUGAGAAUGGAGAUAUUGGAUUUGUCCCUGCUACUUACAUGAUGGUUCUUGAAGAGAAAAUAUCUACCCUCCCAUGGCUUGCAAACAAGAAGCAGGAAAUAGAGGAGGCAAAGCCUGUUGAAACAUUUCACGAGCCUGCAUUCAAGCCUUAUGUAUCAGGUAAGGCUCUCAUUACAGUACUUACAGCAUACAUGUAUUUAAAAUGGGAAAAGAGAUAGAUAUCAGUUUUAUAC